UCAGUUGACCUUAACCACAGAAUACAGAGAUAUUAACAAUUAACAAAGAUUACUUAGUCUAUGGUAUUAUGACCUCUCUAUUCUGUGCCUUAACCUCAAUUUAUGAAUGAAUAACGAAGUGUGGCGAAACAAUUGUUGCUAACAAUUAAAUAAUAUAGUGGAAAUCAAUUCAUUUUAUUUUAUUUUAUGAAUAACGAAGUGUUGUCUACUAAUCUAAAGGUAGAGAUAAAAUUAUGACUAAUUGAGGUCUAUGAAAUUUAGGAAAUUUUUAUGUAAGAAAUGGAAACAGACUCAAAAAUGUUCAAAGAUUUAUAUGGAAAAGAUGAGAAUAAUCAGGAAACAGAAAAGAUUGCAAAGGGAGAAGAUGAGAUUAAGGAUUACGAGGAGGAAAAAUCAUCAUUUGACUUUGAUGUUCAGUUUACAACUGAUGGAGAUAUCGAAGAUAUAAAGACAGAAAGCAUAGAUAUCGUUGAUCAGUAUAUUGAUGAAAAUACUGUGUAUUUGAAUAACAGAGAUCUUAAAUGCAACUUAUGUGAAUAUACAGCCAAAAAGGAAUCUAUACUCGAAAAGCAUAUAGAUUCUGUCCCUUUGAAAAAAGAAGAAUUUCAAUGUCCAUUAUGUGAGUUUACUUCAGCUAGAAAUGAAAACCUUGAAGUUCAUAUAAAUUCUCUCCAUUUGAAUAACAAAGAUCAUGAAUGCCACUUAUGUGAAUAUGCUGCCAACGAUAAAUAUCAACUCAAAAAGCAUAUAGAUUCUGUCCAUUUGAAAAAAAAAGAAUUUCAAUGUACAUUAUGUACGUUUACUUCAGCUGGAAAUGGAAACCUUAAAGUUCAUAUAAAUUCUGUCCAUUUGAAUAACAAAGAUCAUAAAUGCAACUUAUGUGAAUAUGCAGCCAACACCAAAAAUAUACUCAAAAAGCAUGUAGAUUCUGUCCAUUUGAAAAAAAAAGAAUUUCGAUGUACAAUAUGUACGUUUACUUCAGCUAGAAAUGAAAAUCUUAAAGUUCAUAUAAAUUCUGUCCAUUUGAAUAACAGAGAUCAUAAAUGCAAAUCAUGUGAAUAUGCAGCCAACACCAAAAAUAUACUCAAAAAGCAUGUAGAUUCUGUCCAUUUGAAUGAAAAAUAUCAUAAAUGCCACUUAUGUGAAUAUGCAGCCAACACUAAAUAUAGACUCAAAGAGCAUAUAGAUUCUGUCCAUUUGAAUAAAAAAAAUCAUAAAUGCCACUUAUGUGUAUAUGCAGCCUACACCAAAAAUAUACUCAAAAAGCAUGUAGAUUCUGUCCAUUUGAAUGAAAAAGAUCAUAAAUGCCACUUAUGUGAAUAUGCAGCCAACCAUAAAUAUAAACUCAAAAAGCAUAUAGAUUCUUUCCAUUUGAAUAAAAAAGAACAUAAAUGUCACUUAUGUGAAUAUGCAACCAACGAUAAAUAUCAACUCAAAAAGCAUAUAGAUUCUGUCCAUUUAAAUAAAAAAGAAUUUCAAUGUACAUUAUGUGCGUUUACUUCAGCUAAAAAUGGAAACCUUAAAGUUCAUAUAAAUUCUGUCCAUUUGAAUAACAAAGAUCAUGAAUGCCACUUAUGUGAAUAUGCUGCCAACGAUAAAUAUCAACUCAAAAAGCAUAUAGAUUCUGUCCAUUUGAAAAAAAAAGAAUUUCAAUGUACAUUAUGUACGUUUACUUCAGCUGGAAAUGGAAACCUUAAAGUUCAUAUAAAUUCUGUCCAUUUGAAUAACAAAGAUCAUAAAUGCAACUUAUGUGAAUAUGCAGCCAACACCAAAAAUAUACUCAAAAAGCAUGUAGAUUCUGUCCAUUUGAAAAAAAAAGAAUUUCGAUGUACAAUAUGUACGUUUACUUCAGCUAGAAAUGAAAAUCUUAAAGUUCAUAUAAAUUCUGUCCAUUUGAAUAACAGAGAUCAUAAAUGCAACUCAUGUGAAUAUGCAGCCAACACCAAAAAUAUACUCAAAAAGCAUGUAGAUUCUGUCCAUUUGAAUGAAAAAGAUCAUAAAUGCCACUUAUGUGAAUAUGCAGCCAACACUAAAUAUAGACUCAAAGAGCAUAUAGAUUCUGUCCAUUUGAAUAAAAAAAAUCAUAAAUGCCACUUAUGUGUAUAUGCAGCCUACACCAAAAAUAUACUCAAAAAGCAUGUAGAUUCUGUCCAUUUGAAUGAAAAAGAUCAUAAAUGCCACUUAUGUGAAUAUGCAGCCAACGAUAAAUAUAAACUCAAAAAGCAUAUAAAUUCUAUCCAUUCGAAUAAAAAAGAACAUAAAUGUCACUUAUGUGAAUAUGCAGCCAACGAUAAAUAUCAACUCAAAAAGCAUAUAGAUUCUGUCCAUUUGAAUAAAAAAGAUCAUAAAUGCCACUUAUGUGAAUAUGCAGCCAACACCAAACAUAUACUCAAAAAGCAUGUAGAUUCUGUCCAUUUGAAAAAAAAAGAAUUUCAAUGUACAUUAUGUAUGUUUACUUCAGCUAGAAAUGAUAGCCUUAAAAUUCAUAUAAAUUCUGUUCAUUUGAAUAACAAAGAUCAUAAAUGUCACUUGUGUGAAUAUGCAACCAACUAUAAAUCUCAACUCAAACAGCAUGUAGAUUCUUUCCAUUUGAAUAAAAAAAGAACAUAAAUGUCACUUAUGUGAAUAUGCAGCCAGCACUAAAUAUAUACUCAAAAAGCAUGUAGAUUCUGUCCAUUUGAAUGAAAAAGAACAUUAAUGCCACUUAUGUGAAUAUGCAGCCAACACUAAAUAUAGACUCGAAACGCAUAUUGAUUCUGUCCAUUUGAAUAAAAAAGAACAUAAAUGUCACUUAUGCGAAUAUGCAGCCAACGAUAAAUAUCAACUCAAAAAGCAUAUAGAUUUUGUCCAUUUGAAAAAAAAGAAUUUCAAUGUACAUUAUAUACGUUUACUUCAGCUAGAAAUGAUAACCUUAAAGUUCAUAUAAAUUCUGUCCAUUUGAAUAACAAAGAUCAUAAAAGCCACUUAUGUGAAUAUAUUCACAUAAGUGGCUGCAUAUAUGCAGCCAACACUAAAUAUAUACUCAAAAAGCAUAUAAAUUCUAUCCAUUUGAAUAAAAAAGAACAUAAAUGUCACUUAUGUGAAUAUGCAGCCAACAAGAAAGUUUACCUCAAAAAGCCUAUGGAUUGUGUCAUUUGAACAAAAAUAAUUCACAUGUCAUUUAUGCGAGUUUGUUACAGCUGGUAAAGGAAGGCAUGUAGAUUGUAUCCAUUUGAAUAAAAAAGAACAUAAAUGUCACAUAUUUUUGACAUUAAUAUUUUUUAAUGAAGAAAUUAAUAUGUUAAUGUUGAACAUGUCCUGAUUAUAUGUGACAUAAUAAACUAUGAUAUUAU